AUGGAAACGAAGCUCGGAGCUCCACAUGUUAGAAUCUCAAUCCAAACGACAGCCACUUCAUGGCUGCAGCAGCACCACCGCCGCCGCCGCCACUUUCCCUCUCAUCACCGUCUCCUUCUUCUUCCCCUCCUUCAUCUCUCUUCUUUCCCUCUCAUCACCCAAACUCAGAAAUCCCAGCGUUAUCAUAUAGUAAUUCAAAAUUCUCAGAAUUGAGCAAAUUCCAUCAUCACCCCACCAUUUCAACCAACCCCAUUUUGCUCUUCACCGGAAUCGACUCGCCGCCUAUAGUUGACACCCAGACUUUCUUGGUCACUGUUAGUGUUUUGGUUGCCAUUUCUCUCUCCCUCCUUCUUGGUCUCAAGGGAGAUCCUGUACCGUGUGAAAGAUGUGCUGGAAAUGGUGGAACAAAAUGUGUGUUCUGCAAUGAUGGUAAGAUGAAGGUUGAGACAGGGCUUGUAGAUUGUAAAGUGUGCAAGGGUGCAGGAUUGAUACUCUGCAAGAAGUGUGGAGGAUCGGGUUAUUCGAAGCGACUAUAGCGCCUAGUUAGAGUUUGAGGCUCUCUUUACUCAUUCUAUUUCUUGUUCCACUCUUGAAAAUGUAAGACUAACUCUCCAUUGUUGAUUCCAUUUGUUUGGAGUUAUGGUUUCUUA